AUGAGUAAUUUUUUUGUAAAAAAUGAAGAAGGUGUAUUUGUAGAAGAGGAGGAGGCCGUACUUGAAAAGGAGGGUGUUGUAUAUGAGGAAAGUGAAAGUAUAGAGGAAAACAAAAGUGUAGAGUUUGAGGAAAACGAAAGUGUAGGGUUUGAGGAAAACGAAAGUGUAGGGUUUGAAGAAAACGAAAGUAAACACUAUGCUUGA